AAGAAGACCCGACACAGCGCGGGUACUUAUGGGUAGUGAUACCUCUCCGGAGGAGUGCACUGACGCUAACACCGGAGAACAACUACAUAUCCCAUGUUCCUCCGCGGCGGCAGCCAGUAAACCUGGGUUUGUUUUGAACGAGCGAAAGUGAUGGAGUUUCCUGAAGAUUUUAAUCAACUCGAGCUUCUGAACACACAUGGACACUUGAUCCCCCGUGGAACCAGCAGCCUGUGGACAGGCAGCAAUGAUGUGGAGGAAGAGGAGGAGGAGGAGGAGGAGGAAGAGGAAGGGGAACGUAGCGAGGAGUGGUAUCUAGAAAAGGAGGAAGCUCUCAAAGACGAACCAGUUGAGCUCAUUCUGUGGGCUGCAGAAAACAAUCGUCUUUCACCCAUCCACAGAUUAUUAUCAGCUGAUCCUCUGCUGGUGCACUGCUGUGAUGCGGACGGUUACACUCCCCUGCACCGUGCAGCCUACAGCGGCCAUGUGGAGGUUGUUUCUGCUUUACUCGCCGCUGGCUCUAGGGUUGACCCCCGCACCGUCGAUGGCUGGACGCCGCUUCACAGCGCCUGCCGGUGGAGCCGCGUCACCGUGGGGAGUCUCCUCCUGCAGCGAGGAGCCGAGCUGAACGCUCAGACCAAUGGCGGGCUCACGCCACUUCACCUGGCCGCUUCACACGCCAGCUCCUCAAAGACAGACUCCGCCCAGACGCUGGAGCUGCUGCUGUCCCACAGACACCUGAAGCCGGGGCUUCGCAGCAGCACCGGGGAGACGGCUAGUGAGGUGGCCCGACGCAGUGGCCCGCAUCACUUCCUGUUUGAGAUUGUAGAGGACUGUGUCAGUGUGGUACCAGACGCGUGAACAAGUGCACGUAGAGUCUCACAUUUACUUACUUAUGUUCUCAAUCUGGACAGCAGCUACAUUAUCGACCAAUCUGCACAAUUAUUAGCUGUUGAAUCGUUUCAUCUAAUAAAUAUAUUGUUACUUCCGACCAACAGUCCAGAUGUUCAGCUUAUUAUCUUUUAGGACAGAGACCAGAGACCUUCCCUUGGACUUAACUCAAUAAAUCGUUGCUGAUGUUCAUGGUUAUCAUAAUAUAAUAAGGCUGUAUCUUUGUAUUAUUCCUUCUUCUGUCCGUCUCAAAUUUUGCCAUUUUAUGCUUGAAGAACAACUUAAUAAUGAAUUAAUUACCCAAUGUUUGUUGUCUAAUGUUCUGUCAGUGAACUAAGUGACUAAUGUUGUCAACCUUUCAGCCUGAGUUCAUGGUCACUCUGUAAGUUUGUUCUAUAAACUUCAACAGAAAUCACUAUUUUGAUCUCACAAUCGAUACAACUGACAUCAAAAUGUCUAUUUAAAGUAGUUUCUAUGGUCGGAAACAGGUUCACGCGACCUCGAACUUUUAUCCUUGCACUCCGCCUCAAAGCAUUAUGGGAACAUUUCAAUGUCAAUGAAUACAACCUCUUAUCAUCACAUCUUUUCAUGAAGCUGGAAAUAAACAUCUUAACGCAAAGCAUGUUGCAGGGUAAUGUCCAAAGACCGUUAGGUCUGAACAGAUGAGUACUGGCUCUUCAUGAUUUCCACUCAACUACAGAAUGCACUUCUACAGUCAAACACUGUUUUGUCCCUGCUGUCACAGAUUACAAAUACAUAGUCAUGAGGCCCUGCAGCCUUUUCCUGCAAGGGCAGAGAUAAUUUACAUGAUCUUUUUCUCCUUCCCAUAGGCACGGUCACUCUGAGCUGUUGAUUUCGUGUAUCAUCAAAAAGUACAGGAUCCUCAAGUAAGCCCCAGGCCUGUAACAGCUAAUAGUGCCAUGUUGUAGUAACAACUUCAGAGGCUUUUUCCUGAAAGGCAAUCGCAAAAGUCAGGUUCAAAUAUGAGACCUUAGCUGAUAGUAAAGUCGAAUGAAGACAAACAUCCCCUCCUGCAGGGAAAAUUCCCGUCUGGGGAGAUUGAGCCACCCUCUCUUCUCUCAGUGUUAACACAUUUACAGGGAACACCCUCUGCCAAGCUACAAGCCUCUUGUAUUUAAGAGGUGAGGUUACAUCAGAGCAUGAAAUGACACUUGAUUGUAAGGUUUCAGGCAGCAGAUUAUAGACAACACAUUUUCAUAGACAACAAAAGUUCGUUGUACUAUAUAAGUAAGGACGCGUAAGGUGGGAAACAGGUCUGCUUUUUUUUCUUCUCCAAAUCCCAUCAUUUACUAUCAUUUACCAUCUCCUAGAAAAUGAGUAAUUUCAAGGAAAUUGGGGAGUGUUCUGUACCAUUAUACCACGCUUGCAUUAUCUCUGCUUAUGCAUACUAUUUCUCCGUGUGAAACUAUUAAGAUGACAUCAGAGCCACAUAUCUGCAGAAUGCUUGUCUCCCCCACCAAGACCUCGAGGAGGCCUUCAGCAGGUGUUUGUGUCUUAUCUCCUGGGAUUUUACUAUUCACUCCGUUCACACACAUAGUUCCCAUAAACACACACACACACAGUUCAAAUCUUCACACACACACACAUUUCUUCAUUGUACCUGCAUAAAAAGCACACGCCUGCAACUGUUUCUUGGUCAUUCCCUCUGCAGAAUGCUCAUCGCACACUGUGUGACUGUCUGACUUUCCUUGCAAGGAAUAAAAUCCUCUUAAAAGAC